AGCUGCUACCCCACGACUUUUUGUUGUCCCUCUUCGGCACACAUCCUCAUCCCCAUUCUCCCUUCGCAGCCCGACCUCGCUGCCGUGCUCUCGAGAGCUGCUAGAUUGGCCCUGGCCGUGAUUGCGUCUCGAACUGCCUUUCUGUUCUUCCCAGACGAGGUGUGGCAAGACCCUCCAUUCCACAGACUCCCCAGCACCAAGCCAGACCCUCCCACCAAUAAAUAUCUGCGGCCGAGCAACAGCAGCACAAAGACGCUUCGGCGCGAAGUCCCAUCAUGUCCGUUCUUCCACCCGAGGUCCACCAAGCGCUCGGCCAGCUUCUGCACGGCCUUCAGUCCUCAGACAACGUUGUAAGGAGUCAGGCAGAGUCACAGCUAAACGAUGAGUGGAGCACGUCGAGACCUGACGUGCUAUUGAUGGGUUUGAGUGAGCAAAUUGAGGGUGCAGAGGAUCCAGCUACGCGUUCUUUCGCAGCAGUUUUGUUCCGCCGCGUUUCGAACCGCACACGGAAAGAUCCAGCGUCAACAGAUCAAAACCCAGUCACGAAGGAGCUAUUCCUCACCUUGACGCCGCCACAGCGAGAUGCCAUACGGACUAAGCUGCUCCAGGCCCUUAACUCAGAGACGAACCCUGUUGUCCGUAACAAGACGGCAGACGCAGUCGCAGAAAUCGCAAGACAGUAUACCGAUGAGGGCGAACCUUGGCCAGAAUUACUCCAGGCUUUGCUUUCAUGUAGUCAGUCAGAGAAUUCAGGUCUACGCGAGGCGGCCUUCAGAAUCUUCUCGACUACGCCCGGCAUAAUCCAGAAACAGCAUGAAGAAUUUGUCUUGAAUGCGUUUACUAGAGGCUUUAAGGACAAUGAUACCUCUGUUCAACUCGCUGCAAUGGAAGCGUUCGCAUCAUUUUUUCGCUCUACGAACAAGAAGUCGCAGCAGAAGUACUACCAGCUCAUCCCAGAUAUAUUGAAUAUCCUCCCACCUCUCAAAGAGUCAGGCGAUUCUGAUCAGCUUACACGAGCGUUCUUAGCUCUUAUCGACCUUGCUGAAACUUCUUCAAAGAUGUUUAAGCCUUUAUUCAACAAUCUAGUCACUUUCAGUGUCACUGUCAUCCAAGAUAAGGAUUUAAGCGACAUUGCUCGACAAAAUGCCCUCGAACUUAUGGCUACUUUCGCGGAACAGAAUCCUGCAAUGUGUAAAAAGGAUCCGUCGUAUACGGAAGAGAUGGUAACUCAGUGCUUGUCCCUGAUGACCGAUGUUGGCAUAGAUGACGACGACGCCGCAGAGUGGAACGCCUCUGAAGACCUGGAUAUCGACGAAAGCGAUGCAAAUCAUGUUGCGGGUGAACAGACUAUGGACAGACUGGCGAACAAGCUCGGUGGACAAGUUCUUCUGCCACCAACGUUCAACUGGCUGCCUCGCAUGAUGCAGUCGUCUGCCUGGAGGGACAGGCAUGCAGCUUUGAUGGCUAUCUCGGCCAUUUCUGAGGGAUGUCGAGAUCUCAUGGUUGGUGAGCUUGACAAAGUACUCGAGCUAGUACUUCCUGCUUUGCGGGAUGCACAUCCACGUGUUCGUUGGGCUGGCUGCAACGCUGUUGGUCAGAUGAGCACCGAUUUUGCAGGAACUAUGCAAGAGAAGUAUCAUCAGCUGGUGUUACCAAACAUCAUUCCAGUCCUAGAGUCCUCAGAACCUCGAGUCCAGGCACAUGCGGCGGCAGCCCUUGUCAACUUUUGCGAGGAAGCCGAAAAGUCUAUUCUUGAUCCGUACCUGGACAAUCUUUUACAGCAUCUUCUGCUACUCCUUCAAAGUCCUAAGCGAUUCGUGCAAGAACAAGCACUCUCAACUAUUGCUACGGUAGCUGAUGCCGCAGAGUCUGCGUUUGGUCGAUACUACGAUACGCUGAUGCCACUGCUUUUGAAUGUACUUCGUCAAGAACAGGCUAAGGAGUUGCGACUAUUGAGAGCCAAGGCUAUGGAAUGCGCAACUCUAAUUGCCUUAGCUGUGGGCAAAGAGCGAAUGGGUCAGGACGCUAUUGCACUCUGCGAUGUGCUCGCAAAUAUACAGAGCAGAGUUCUGAAACCGAUAGAUCAGUGGGACGAGAAUACUGCGUCUGAGAUGGCUAUCGAAUCCGAUGAUCCACAGGCUUCUUACCUGCUUCACUGUUGGGGCAGAAUGUGUCGCGUCUUGGGCCUAGACUUCCUACCGUACUUACCUGGUGUCAUGCCCCCUCUUAUCAAUCUUGCAGGUGCAAAAGCCGACAUACAGCUACUUGAUGACGAAGAUACGAUUGCCAAUGUCCAGGAGGACGAAGGUUGGGAACUUGUUCCUCUUCGCGGAAAAAUGAUUGGCAUCCGAACAAGCGUUCUUGAUGACAAGCACAUGGCUAUUGAGCUCAUUGUCAUCUACGCUCAGGUGCUGCAAGGUGCAUUUGAGCCCUAUGUGGCUGAAAUUAUCAAGCGAGUUAUCCUCACCGGUCUUGCGUUCUUCUUCCAUGAUCCCGUUAGAAUUGCCUCUGCGAAAUGUGUCCCACAACUUCUCAAUUCCGUCAAGCAGGCUCAUGGGCCACAGUCUCAGCAGUUGGCAGAGGUGUGGUCCCAGCUUGUCGUGAAAGUUCUCGAAGUGCUGACAACUGAACCCGCCAUUGAGUCCCUAGCCGAAAUGUACGUCUGCUUUUACGAGUGCGUGGAGGUUGUUGGCAAGAACAGUUUGAUGGAUAAGCACAUGCAGGAGUUCGUUGAGGCCGCGAAAGGCGUUCUCGAAGAUUAUCAGGCACGUGUCAGGGAGCGUGAGGAGGACGCAAAGGACCGAGAAGAGGGAGAAGAGCCAAGCGAGGAUGAGCUGUAUGCUGUCGAAGACGACCAGACCCUGCUCUCGGACAUGAACAAGGCUUUCCACACUGUUUUCAAGAACAUGACCGCACAGUUUCUUCCACAUUUCGAGCGGCUUCUACCGUUCUGUCAGCAGUUUGCUAACAGUCCAGAGCCGACUCAACGGCAGUGGGCUAUCUGCAUCUAUGACGACGUUCUAGAAUUUUGUGGACCCCAGAGUUGGAAUUAUCAGUCAUACAUUAUUCAACCUCUCGCGAACGGUAUACGCGAUGAUGUGGCAGCGAACAGACAGGCUGCUAUUUAUGGUGUUGGCGUGGCAGCGCGUCACGGUGGUGAGGUAUGGGCCGAAUUCGUAGCAGCCUGCAUUCCUGAGCUAUUCAAAGCGACACAGCGACCCAAUGCACGAGACGAUGAUGAUGUCUUUGCGACAGAGAAUGCAUGCGCCACCAUAGCGAAGAUAUUACACUACAAUUCUAGCAAGGUCGGCAAUCAACAAGAAAUAGUCAAUGCGUGGGUGAAUACACUCCCUGUAGAGAAUGAUGAGGAGGCAGCGCCGUACGCGUACAGUUUCUUGGCUCAAUUGAUCGAACAGCGCAAUCCGGCCGUUAUCAACCAAGCAGCAAAGUGUUUCAUAGACAUUGUCAAGGCUCUUGAGGCAGAGACAUUGCAAGGUCAGACUGCGUCAAGGAUUGUAGGUGCUGCCAAGGAUCUUGUCCAGGUUGCGGGCUUGGAUGUUGGCCAGCUGCUUGCUGGUCAGAGUGCAGAGACACAGCAAACUGUCCGUGCCUUCUUUGGUUAGGUUUUUUUUUUCUUCCAUCUGCACCGUUCGCGGUGCUACGGCGCCAGCUAGGCUUUCAAACAUGCGCGCAGAUAGAGCCAUUAUACAGCUAUUCAUUCUCAGUACAUAUGAGUUCCAUUGAAUAAGACGCUGUCCUUUUCUUUUUGAACUAUAGUCCGUCUGGAGGUAAUAAAUGGCAUAUACAUUGCCAGUCCUUGCAACGUAAGGUACUACGUGGGCCAUCACUGGUGUAUCGUCGGACAACAACUAGAUGAUGUUUUCGCUCUGGCUGAUUGUCUGCUGUUCCUCCCGUAUGUAAUCAGCAUGCAC